AUGGCCCUCUCCGCCCCCAGCUUGGACCCCCAGGUCCUGAUCGCCCAAGAAAACAGCCAGGAGUACAUCUUCAAUACCUUCACCAAUAGCACUGCCUGGAUACUCGGCACCGCUCUGCGCGAGCGCAUCCUCUCCCUGCCCGAAGGCACCCGCAAGCCCGCCCUCAUCUCCAUCGCCCUCGCUACCGCGACCUCCGGGGGGGUCCCGCUGCACGUCGUCUUCCAGAACGCAACGGAGAGCGGGACCAUUCCGGAUAAUGAGAACUGGGUGCGACGCAAGCGGAACACGGUCCUGCGCUGGGGCGUGUCGAGCUGGGCUAUGAGACAGAAGACCGUCUCUGGGUUGACAGCUGGCGCUACAGCGAAUGAGAUCGAGAGUGCGUUUGUGAAGAAGUAUGCUCUGGCCAGUGCCAAUGGUGGCGCCGUGGCUGAUGAGUAUGCUAUCCACGGUGGUGGAUACCCUAUUCGUGUGCGCGGUGUUGAGGGUAUAGUUGCGGUGGUGGUUGUCAGUGGGUUGAAGCAGGAGGAUGACCACCAGGUGGUGGCCGAGACUGUCAAGGAGGUGAUUGCCCGUGGCAAUUAG